AUGAAUCGUGGUAGUUCGAGCUAUGGGAGUUCGACAGUCGCGCGGGAGGCUACGACUGUAAGGGCUGACGAUCAGUGCUCUUAUCAAAUUUCUAGUUCUAAUGCCCAGCAAAACCAAUACACAAUCUCUAGCGAAGAAACACAACCUAGCUCCCAAUACGGUUCAUACGCACGGUAUGAUGGGAUGUAUAACGACAAAAUGACAAGGCCCAACGGGUAUCUCCUUGACGAGGCUGGAUAUGAACCUACUUCUGAAUGGAAACAGGCCCCAGGUGGCUGGCGUGGCAGUCAUCGGUCUAGUAGAGAUUAUGCUGAAGGUGGACGCCAAUAUAGGGCUGGAUAUGCUGCUCAAUUUGCUGCCAAUCAAACACCCAGUGGAAUCGAGCGAUUUGGCGGUCCUGACCAGACUGGAGGUGAGGGUGAGAGGGGCGAUGACGGCGAUGGCGACCCAAAUUUUGAUGUCUUUGGGCUUCGGGAAAUCGGACUUGGGUCUCCAUUUCGCCCACUACCAGAUCCAUUUUGGAAACACCUAGACCUAGCGCCUCCCGAUCCGCUACAUCUCUCUCGCGACGCCAAAAGCAACUACACUUGGACGAUCAGAAGUCUUGAGCCAAAGGUGAAAGACGCAUCUCUAAUACUGGAGGUUUUAAUCGUGUCAGAGUAUUCUGGCAAACAGAUCCCAGUCUCUAUGGUCAUCAAUACUCUUUCGCCUGUGAACUUGAUGAAGUCCGAGCUCCUUUCACGACUAAACCCAAGAAAUCUUACAAUCACAAAGCUGUUCGGUGGUUCGAUGUCGCAGCCCAAUUCUAUCAACAAUAAAUGGAUCUCUAUGUAUUCUCUUGCUCAACAAGUACCGAUACCGUGGAAACAAAACCCCGAAUCAGGUGCUCGACCAUGUGAAUUCUUCGUGCCUUCAACGUGGGAACACGGGGGCCACGAACUGACGACAACAAAACCACACGCUGCCAACAAUAUUGCGAGACUAGCGGCCAAUUUAUCUUUCCCGCUAGCAGCUACAACCGACUGUGUCGAAGUCGGAGUCGAAGUCCCAGAAGGAGCGAUUGUAGAUCCUGGUGGCGUGGAAGUCGGAGUUUCAGAAGAAUCGGUUGCAGAUUCUGAUGACGUUGGAGUCGAAGUUUCCGAAGAACUGAUUUCAGAUUCUGAUGAAGUUGUUGGAGAUGCUGGAGUUGUAUUCGUGGCGGUUGGGACUUCAAUGGUGUCUGUAGGCUCUGUCUCUGGCAGACUUGACUUGGGCGGAGUGGGUGUGACCGUGGGCGGGGGUACAGCUUUGGAUGUUGUUACCAAUGUUGGUGCUGGGGCACCAAAGCUGUUCGAUAUACAGAGGGUUGAGACUGCAGACGGGGUCCCCAAUGGCGCAACCUCCGCCGCAGAUGGGUGUGCCCGUCCGGAACGUGCAGGGUCGCCCGACGGGGCAGCAACCUUCGCUACCAUCGUUGCAGGCAGUCUGCCCAGCGGCGCAAGUGAGAAUUUGGCGGAGGAAGAGCGGAGCGGCUGUUGGGUGAGGAGCCAGAGCCGGAGCACGAAGGUUCUGGGCAUUAAGAAGAGGGAGGCAUUGCAGGGCGAAGAGGGUGAUGGGAAGAAUAUAGGGGUACAUUAUUGUCUUGUGUAG